AUUGGAAAGUCUGUUGAAAUAUGAGUGCAUUUGAGGCCAUAUUUGGGGAUAAUUUUCAAUUAAAUCACUGCUUUUGACGUGAAUUACGAAAACAAUAGCCUUUUGGACACGAAAUCCAAUCACUAUUUGAUUGAAAGCCUCGAAAGGAUUGACGACUCAAACCAUUGCUUCAAAUCUGCAUUUGUUUUGAAUCUCAUUCACAAACCAAUUGACCAUUGAUUUGACAAUUGGCCGAAGAAUUGGCGCUGAAUUUGCGAUCGCAUCCAACGGGUGGUGACAGUUACUGAUGGAGGAGAGUGUGGCCACCAUCGAGAGGCACGCCUACUGCCUGUGUCUGCACGUGAGGCCGGCCACCAUCUUCGUGGCACUCGUCAAUCUGGGAGGAUCACUGAUCUGUGGUAUAGUGACGAUAGCGCUGUUGUCUUAUGGGGACAACUCGUACGUGCAGUCGAUGUCCGAGUCCUCGCGAUCGACCACCACUUCGUUGGCGAUUGUGGUCUAUAUGUUGCUGUCGUUGGUGUCGGCGAUGCUGUUGUUCGGAGUGAUUAAGUCUAAGCCCACGUAUAUCCUGCCCUUCUUCGGCAUCCAAUUCAUCGACUUCCUCUUCACUUUACCCCAAUUCCUCACCUCUUUGUACUCACAGCCCAAUAGCCAUCACUACCAGAACUGGUCCGAGCGGAGGACCAACUCGUUUCUGGAUAUGCGCCACAUUUGGCCCAACGCCUCCCCCAACAACCUCUACACCUCUUCCCUGUUGUUCACGACUCUUAUAGUGCUGUUUAAGAGCUACUUCUUGUGUGUGGUCUGGAAGUGCUAUNAUUUCGAAAUAAAAAAUAUUAAAACACCAAAACAAACACAAUUAUGCGGAUAG